GAUAUUUAAGUUUAUACCAUGUUUUUUCUUGUUAUUACAAGAAUGGACCUUGAUAUUAAUAUUCCACAGACAGGUAAUACUUAUAAACCUAACAAUAUAUAAUGUGAUCAGUUUGCAAUUGCUACAUAAUUAAAAUUAUAGCACAGUUCCCAUUUUUAGAUGUAUUUUUCACCUGAGUUGAUGUAUCUGAACAAAGCUUCUCUGAGAAAUUGAUGCCUGUGAGUUAGAAAAAGAAAUUACUGGAAUCUGGGUGAAGGAAGAAAUAAAAUUAAGCAAUCCAUUUCUACAGAGAAUUUUUUGUCAACUCUGAGCACAAAUUGCCUCAAAUCAGCUUCCCUUAUAUUUCAUCUCCUGUAAAUUGGAGUUCCUGACAUGUUACCAUGGAAUUUGAUUCCUUGCCUUCAUAUGGUGCUGAAUUCAUUCUGCACCAUAUGAAGGUUUUGCUUAUGUAAUUGCUGCAUUACUUGUAAAAUUGUUUAGUUGCAAUUAGUCAGCUGAUGCAAUGAGUCAGUAGUAAAAUACAAUCCAUACUUUUGCAGAUGUAACCUCAUUUAUUUCACAAAAAGCAAGUAUAGUUCAUAACUCUUUUUUCUAGUUCUUUGAAGAACUUUGAAGCUCUUUACUGCUAUUUAAAAUAUAAGCCAAGCCUGCAUGGUGUGCCUCCCUGAGCCACCCAUUGCUGCUUUUGGAUGAGCAAAAAAAGGCAGCUGCAGGCUUUGAAUGUAUCAUAUGUUUACGCUAAAGUUGGGCCCGAGCUUGCAACAUGAGCACUGACAUUUCAGUUUCCUUCAAGAACUAGCAAGUCCUCCUCUGCAGAAGAUUGGAUCAGAAAGUUCACCUUCUCUGUGAUUCUGCACACUGAGGACUGUGUUACCCUGAGUGUAAACCCAUAGAAAUCAGUAACUACCUCACUAGCCUCAAUGUUUUUCUAGCCUCAACUAGUUCUUCUCAGUGUAAGUAAGUCAGGGUGACAGAUACUGACUACAACAAUUCAAUGAAAAAAAAGUACCUAAUGUUACUUGUUUACAUGGCAGUUGAUUGUUGGGUCAAAUUAACUGCACUUGUUUGUUCCUGAGCAAGAUACUGUGGCAAAGUUUGGGCAGGUAACUGCAUGUAAAUUUACAUAAUUAAGUCCUGUGAAAAAAUUUGGAGUACAUGUGAGAAACCUUGCUCAGUCUCUUCCAGAUCAGUGAGUAAUGCUCAUGACAUGUCCAUGGAACAUUUCAUCUUGUUUAAAUGGCGAAGUCCCUGUCCAUUUGGCUGCAUGGCACCUGCACUUGCUCUUCAAGAUAUCACCUUCCACUGACACCAAUGGUAAUUGUAAAAGAGGAGCAUCCUUGUACUCGCAGGUCUGAGAAAAUAACCCAUGGAAGUGAUAAAAUCCCAUUCAAGGGAAGGCAGGAGAAUAAAUCCCUAUUUAGUUACUAUCUGAAUGCUAUCAUCUUCAGGUAGUUGAGCAUAACUCAGAACCAGAAGCAUACUUGCUCUUCCAGCACUGGUUAAGAGGAUAGAAUUAAGAAUGGGAGAAGAAAAGGAGCUAAGAGAAGGGAAAGUCACUGCCCAAUUACCCUGCCAGGGAUGGUGCAGUAAUGUCAAACACAUCAUUUGCGUGUGGCAGCAGUUUUAAGGUAAAAACAGACAAAAGGGACAUAAACAUUUUUCCAUGCCCAGCACGAUACUGUCCUGGACAAUUGUUUCUGUCUCAGGUAGCAGGGCCAUCCUCUGGGACCUUAGGUAGCCAUUUACAGGUGACAAUGGCUCUGCAAGAGACUGUAGCUCCCUGUAGAAGGGAGUCCCAAGAGGCCCAGCAAUGCCAGCUCACUUUCUCCCUCAGCUGAGAUAUGAGUUGCCCAGCAGCCUUUGCUCAAGCACAGUCAGCCAAACAAUUACAUGCUGCAGAUAUGGCAUACACGCUGUACUGGAGUUGUUCAGAAUCCACAUGUAUCUCAAAAGCUACCACUUAACCACCCUUGUCAUAACCUCAACCUUUUUGAAACUGUGCAUUGCCACGGAAACAAUUGUUUUCUCCUGGUUUCAGGUGCCAAGAAAAUCAGUGCAGUCCACAAGGUUUUCUGACUUCUAGCCGUUCUAUUCACUUCAGACAACUGGAUCAGCACUGUACAGCUGCUAUUCCUGCAGUUUGUCAGCAUUUGCCUGAGUUCAUACAACGGAUAACACAGAGAGAGCAAUUUGUCUCUUUGCCAAAAGAAAAGAGCUGGCAUUUCUCUCCUGUGGAAGAAAUGAAAUGUGACAAAAAUUCUGCGUAAUUUGAAUAGAGAUGCAAUUCGCUGGGGAAAUUUAUAAGCAGAAUACAGCAUUCUCCUUGGACUAAUUUAAUUUACAGUAAACAUUUGCAUAUUAUGAUCAAGUAUUACACAAAAAAAAAAGGCAACUCUGCAUAAAAAAAAUCUUACUUAAGGAUAUCUGAGUCAGAAAGCUUUGGAGUCCUGAUUUACUAUGAUAUAAACUCAGAGAGACUCAUCUCUAAUAUUACAAUUUCAGUAGACACAUGAUUCAGUUACACAACUAAAAUGUAGAACUUAUUUAAUUUUCUUGCCUUUGUUGACCUAACCUUUUUCUGUUCAUGUGGAAUUUCAUACUGUAAAAAGCUCAUUCUCAACAGAUUGAAGACAAUUAGGAAUGUUCCUUCCUUGUUUCUCUGUUGUAUAUUCUAAAAAUAAUAGUGUAGUCCCAUACUACACUGUGUUCUGUCAAUCUUAAUUUUGAGCUGGGAUGUGUAUAAAGCUCAUUUUUAUCUCAGCCAUACUAUUUUUUGUAGUGUUAUAGUUAUUAUCAAAACUCCAGAAUUAAAAUAUGAGUUACUUCUAGGGACAACAAAUUUUUCUUAUUUGAGGAGCAAACUAAGGAAAAUGACAGAAGAGAAUUGUUUUGGUGUUAAUAAAGUAUACCUUUUGCUCUGCUUAGUAUGCAGCAGUGCAGAGUACAGUUUUCCAGACUGCAAGCCCUGAGGACAUUCAAAGAGAAGCCUGGAAAAAGCAGGGGGGAAAAAAUACUCCUUUGCUUAGCCACUUCCACUUACAAUUUAGUUUAAGCCCAACUGUCGGCAGUUCAUGAAAUAGAGAGGAAAGGUUUCUUUGCGAGGAUCUGAAAUGGUAAUGAUUCCGCAAAUAAGAAAACUGUCCUGUUGUAAUAUUUAACUAUCAAAAUUCUGUUGCUUUGGUUAUACUGGUGAAGAGGCAGAAAAAGUAUCCUCUCCCUUGAAAAUACUUGCGUAAGAAGUAAUGGCAAAAGAGCUAUUAAGACUCCUGUGGUGCUUGGAAGUGAAUGUUAGACAUUUACCUUUGAUACCUACUUUUCCAUAUUCUUUCAUUUUCUUCUCACAUUAAAUGUGACAUUUUGACCCAAAGAGUUGUUGCUGCAAUAUUAUUGUAUGCUAUUAAAGAAGAAAGAAAUGAUUUCACAAAAGCAGAGAAGUAAUUCAUAUGUAUUAGUUACCUUCAUCAGAAGACGGUGAAAGGGCUUCACUAGUAAAUUUUAUUAAUACCCUGUAUGAGAGCUAUUACAGGAAAAUAUAGAAGUGUAUGUUUAUUACCAUGCUCUGGUAAUACUCACUGAUCCUAGAAGUUUAUUUUAACCCUCUUCUUCAAUUUAGGGGCAUUAUAGUCCCCUAUGCUGUGAGCUGCAAUAUUUAAAACAUCAUUAAGCCUAUGACCUUGCACUUAACUUGUUUGCUCACUGUUUCCUUCUCUGUGGUAGCAAAGUAUUUAUGUGCUGGAGGUCAAUGUAUUAUUAUUGAAAUUCAGCCAGCAGUGCACAUCCCCACCACCCUCUGCAUGAAUAAAAGAUGCACAGAUCCAAGAUCAGGACAGAGACGUCGACUACAUGUGAGCAUGUCUUUCUUGAUGCUGCUGUAGGCAGUCCUACCAAUGCCCUGUUAUCAUGGUAUUCAUUGAAAACAGCUUAGAAUUCGUCUAGGCAGUAGAGCCAGAUACCUGGAAAAGACUACAGACCUGAUCAUACAAUAUGUACACAUUUUGGGGUAGACUUAUGGUUUAAGGCUCUUCGGAAACAUUGUGCAAUGUUUGGUGACAAUGCAUACACCAUCUUUAUUAAAUAUUGACGGUUUCUAUUCUCCUCACAUUUUGAUAGCUUGCUCUUUUUCAUUAUGUUUUUGUCUUCCUCACUAUAGAAGACAAGUAAACAUUUAAAUGUUUAAAUUAUUUAAAAGUGGCUGAAAUUUAUCCAAAUACCAUUUAAGAGCUGUGAUUUCCUAAAAUGAUUAUAUUACUCACAAAGUUGGAGUCAAUGAAACAUGGUUCUGUCAGUCCAUAAGGACUGCAUGCCUGGAGAACAAUUUAUGGUGUAAAUAGUCCUCUGCCCUGGGUCUUUCACAAGGUUUUACUCAAUUCUGCCAGAGACAAUAGCACACAGCAACAGAAAUUGCUGUAGUGAGAAUGAAAGGAACCUGCCCCACAGAGUGGCCCAUAUACAAGUCCUGGCCAAGGUAAUCAACCACCCUUCAAAAAAGCUUGAAUUCUUGAGGUGUCUGCAUUAUGACAAAAUCUGUUGGAUGCUCCCAUCCAUUUCUGUUUGAGAGACAAAGUUGUAUAACAAUGAUCUGAAUAGGAGCAAUGUUUUAUCUGAAGCAUUAUAUUGAAAUGGUGCAAAGGAACACCCUAUGACAAUAUAUCACUUUUGGAGAUCACUUAUGGCUGAUUGCUUAAUGUCAAACCUCACUGCUAAGAUGAAGCUGGCAGAAUUCCUGUGUGAUGAUCUCCUGAAAUCUCUUGUUAGUAUUACACAGCUGUGACUGUGUACUGACCCUUCUAGAAGCUCUCCCCAGUACAGCAGGAAAGCAAGAAGUAACUGCUGAGAUAUGCAUGCUCAUGUUCCAGAAGUACCUUUGGUACAUCAGAUGCCCUAAGCCCAACAUUAGCCCAGUUUUAAACUUAGAUAUGGCACUGGCAAACUUUACAAUGGGUCAUAAGUCAACUACUUCGCUUUUCACAAUUUCAGGCAACUUUAUUGUACAAAAAUAUCAGAACUGGCUUUUAACCAGUGAAAUACUGCUCUCCUGUUUUGAUCUUCUGGUAUGUAUUUUGACAGUGUCACCAUAAUACACAGACACUGUCCUGUUUAGAACACACAUAAGUUUGGAAAACAUCCACACCUCGAGACAUUGCACCUCACCCUCAAUCCCUGAACUCCUGUCCAAGUCAUCAACAUAGAAUCAAAUUGUCUUCAAAUUGCAACUGUACUCCAUAUCCCAACAAUGUUGCUCUAUGUAUACAAUGAUUCACCUAAUUAUCACCCACAACUAAUAACAAAAAAGGGUGGAAAUAAAAUAUUUCUUAAUUUUUUUCUCACAGUUAUAAAGACUCAUUCUUAAACAUCUGUGUGGGAUGAUCAACUUUGCUAAAUUUAAGACAUUUAAACUGAUAGUGUGAAUCUGGGAAACUCACAGCUUCCCUGAGCCAUGACCUCUGUAUCUUUUCCAGAAGAGCAAGCGACUGACCAGACAGAGCAGAAGAUGAUAUGCAAAGGGUUAACCCAAGUUUAAUAGUGCUGUUGCCAGAUGAAGAAUUGUUUCCACCUGGUGAAUUUUUGCUAAGCGUCAUUAUGACCAGUUAAAGGUUUUGUUGCCAGAAGGGAUUUUCGUGACUGUGCAUUUGUGCAUGCAGGCAAUAGUCAGUAUUGUUAUCAGUUUUUUUUAAAUGACAAAGAUAGCGUCUUCCAGACGGGAGUUGAAAGUGACAUAAGUGGGCCAGGAAAUCAGCAAUCAUUGACAUGUAUAGUAACUGCUGAGGAACAGAUAUGCAGUUGUGGCCAUCCAGCAGCACCAGUCAUUUUGACACCUGACACACGAAUUUCUAGACAGAUUUGGUUACUUGGCUAUUCACACCUCAGCAUUCAACAAUCCAAGGCAUCCAAGAUGGGCCAGAAGCAGGAGGACAGACUGUGCAGAGCAGAAAGGAGGAGGGAGAGGGAGUGCAGCGGUUGCACAGCUUGCAGCACAUGCGCUUUCUCUCCGGGUACCUGCAGAGCACAGGCAGGCCCUGCUCCUGUCCGUGCAGCGUCCCAAGCCCUGCUGUAAGGAAUGUCACCAGCCACCCCUGGGACAGGAGACGAGACAGUGGCUGGGGGGAGUGUGCUCCCACGGGGAAUCGGGCUCUCGGGUGGUCGGGUGGCCAGGGACCCGCAGGGCGCUCAGCACAGGCGGCGUUUACUGAACAGCCUCUGGCAAUGCGGAGAAGCAGGCAGCUUGAAUUCACACUUGAUGUAUUGUGUGCUCAUGAAGAUUAAUCAGCUUUAAACUUCUGCUGACAAGCCAAAUGCAGCAUGCACCAACAUUGCUGCACUUAUGUUUCAUUUAUGUCAACAGGAUAUUCCUGUUUUCUCCAGUCAAAGUCAGCAAUGAAACACUUGACUCCCGCUGGCAUCUUUCAUAUUAAAAAGGAUUUCUCAUUGUAAUACCUGGGUCUUGUAGAGGAUAGCUUAACGGCAUGCUUCACAUAAAGUGCUUGACGAUUCUUAAGUCAUCAAGGCAGAUUUUUUUUUUUUUUUUAAACUCCACCCUUUAUAACCGAAAAGACGAUGAAACCUCCCUGCCCCGAGGAACGCGUUGACCCUCGAGUCGUCUUCCGGUCACUGCGGGAGGCCGAGGCAGCCACAUGCCGCUCCCUCCAGAGAACGCGGGAGGUGAUGAUAGGAUAAGGGCAUCCCGACUGCGGUAGCAGCUCCCGCCCCGUUGGCGCCUGGCGGCCCUAGGGCAGGACCACUGGAGGGGGCCGCGCCCUCACUCAAGAUGGCGUCUCCGACGGUCUCUGACGUCAUGGCUGUCGCUGCCCAAUUACUUCCGCCGGCAGUGGCGUCAUUUUCCCUCAGUGAAGAUGGCGGAUCGCGGCGGGGAGUGCCGCCGGCUGCGGUGAGGGAAGGCUAUAGGGAUGGAAUUGAGGCCGGGAAAGAACUUGCACUCCAGACAGGCUUUAAUCAAGGUUACAGACACGGUGCCAAGCUGAUGAUUACAUGCGGCCAGUUCAAAGGAACCCUGAAUGCUCUCUUAUCCUGGUGUCAUUUUAAUGGACAUAAUUCUGCUCUAAGUACGAUAAAUAAUCUUCUUGAUGUAGUUGGAAAGCAUGAAGAUGAUGUGCUUAAGUACCUGAAUUCUACUGAAGAACAGCCACAUCUUGGACAUAUUUUAGACUCAGUUCAGGACAUGGACCUUAAUCACACAGCUGGGACAGAGUACAGGGAAGUUGAAGAUGGAAAACACGACAACUGUGGCAGCUCCAGUGACAACAUUUGUAGGAAUAAUGGUGAGGUUGGUUCCUUGCAGUCUGAGUGCAGCAAGGCAAACCUCUGCACAGAUCCUGAAAAGUCAGCCCUUACUUGGGUUAAAAUGCAGACUGUUUGGUUAGUAGAGCAACUGGGCUUAUCACUGGAUGUACUCCAUCAUGUCCAGCAACUGGAAAAUUAGUUUUCGUGUCUCAUCGUACUUCAAACUAUCACAGCUGAUUUUGAUUCUUAGUUUGUGGGCCAUGUACAGGCUGAUGCAUCACUUUUGCUUUAGGAAAAUCUAAUUUUGAUGUUUUACAGUAGAAGUAAUUUUUGUAAAUCCUUGCCAUGAUUUUGGCUCUGGGCAAAACCCUUCACUUUCAACUUUAAAGGUAACAUUCACAGAAAGGGGCACUGACUUUAAAGCUUUACAAGGAGUUACUAAACAUGUUUCUGUUUUGUGUCGGGAGGUCCCAUUUCACCCUCAUUUUUGUCUUGGCAGCAGCUUGGAAAUGAAGUGGGUCCAUUAAAUAGCUCCUCUAAAUUGGUCCCCUGCAAUAUCAAAAGAGUAAAUGCUCAGUGCUAUGGAAAUGGUCCAUGUUUUUGCAGAAUAAGCUGCUGUUGAUGAUAUGCUGUGUGCAAAACAGAACAUGAUAUGCUGCUGAUUCCUAGUGCUGUGACUCUCUAGUCACUUUUUGUCAAAUUCUAUGUGUUCUCUUUUCUACCCAUGAUGCAAUGCACUUUCACAGUUAAAAACUGUUUUUCCCUCCUUAUAUAGUUAUAUUUGUCACUUUUGCUGAAAACUCACUAUUUUCCUCAAACACAGAAUUGCUGACAAUUCAUUGUUUUACUUUUAGACAUCUGCUCUUAUCAUGUCAGACCACACUAAACAUGCUUCCAGUCUAAUGAACAUCCUUUCAUUAUUUUUGUAUUUAUUUUGUCAGUCCAUCUAGCCUGAACUCUCCCACAUUCCAAUAAUGUUUUUCUCAAACUCUUCAAGGAAGCUAAGCUUAUUCAGUACCUCUUAGAAACACAUCAGCCACUCAUGCCUAUUUCUGAUUAUUUUGUAUUUCUGUAACUAUUCUGUAUUUGACUUGCUUUCUCUUUGCUUCCCUUCACUGUAGCUGUAAAUUGCUCUGUUCAGAAAGUUUUUUCUUUGUGAAUGCCUCUAUUUUACAUUAAUUAAACUGAUUUAUAGUAAGUUCCCAACUUACUUGUUGGAAGUUUCCUGUAACUCAAUUCUUACUGGAGACAAAGGAAUAUUCCAGACAUAGGCAGAGUAAGAUUUUGAACAGUAAACUAUAAUUAAAAAAAAAAAAA